AUGUACCAAAAAUCACGUCAAAUUCUUGAACGCGGCCUCGAAAACGCCCUUAUUAUACAGAAUGAUGAGUUGAUUCAAAAGAUCACGGCUGUACUGUCCGACCUGAUCCGAGCGAAAGGAGCUGGAUUUGGAGAUGAAAUAUUGGAAUCGGCCGAAGCGAUACUCAAAAAGGCGGUCGAUAAAGUUGAAUCCGAGGCGUCUGGCUUCCGAAUCGAGACCGACACCAUGGGUGAGAUGCAGGUGCCAAACGACAAGCUCUAUGGCUGCCAGACCGCGCGAUCGAUGAAAAACUUCCCCAUUGGCGGCGAGGCCGAUAAGAUGCCCCGACAGAUCAUCCAAGCUUUCGGUUACCUCAAGAAGGCCUGCGCCGAAGCAAACCAGAAGUUUGGACUCGAUGCCAAGCUCGCCAACGCGAUCAAAGAGGCCGCCGAUGAGGUCAUUUCUGGCAAGCUUUACGACGAGGGUCACUUUCCUCUUGUCAUCUUCCAGACUGGCUCGGGCACCCAGUCGAACAUGAACACCAACGAGGUCAUUUCCAACCGCGCCAAUCUCAUCCUCGGCGGCGAAGUCGGCACCAAGUCCCCCGUCCACCCCAACGAUCACGUCAACAAGUCCCAGUCCUCGAACUGCACCUAUCCUACGGCUAUGCACGUCGCCACCGCUCUCGAAAUCAACAACGUUCUCCUCCCGGGCCUCAAGAAGCUCCGAGAGGCCCUCUACGAGAAGCAGAAAGCUUUUGAGCACAUUGUCAAAAUUGGCCGAACUCAUAUGAUGGACGCUACUCCAUUGACUCUCGGACAGGAAUUCUCUGGAUACGUUCAGCAGCUCGAUAACGGAAUCGCCCGUGUUGAAGCCACCCUCCCACGAGUCUACGAACUUGCCAUCGGUGGCACCGCUGUCGGAACUGGUCUCAACACUCGAAUUGGUUUCGCAGAGGCUUGCUGUGAGGAGCUUUCCAACUACACCGGUCUUCCAUUUGUCUCCGCUCCCAACAAGUUCGAAGCUCUCGCCAACCACGACGCCAUGGUUGAGGUUUCCGGCGCUCUCAACGUUGUCGCCUGCUCCAUCCACAAGAUUGCCAAUGAUAUGCGCCUCGCUUCUGGACCACGAUGUGGUCUUGGCGAGCUCAAUCUUCCCGAAAACGAGCCCGGAUCCUCCAUUAUGCCCGGCAAGGUCAACCCAACUCAGGUUGAAGCUAUCACUAUGGUCUGUACGCAGGUCAUGGGUAAUAAUAUGGCUGUCACCGCUGGCGGUAUGAACGGUCACUUUGAGCUCAACGUCUACAAGCCAGUCAUGGUUUCCAACGUUCUCCGAUCUGCCAACCUCAUCGGCACUGCCUGCAACGCCUUUGUUGAUAACUGCGUUGUCGGCAUCACCGCCAACGAAGCCCGAAUCGAUCAGCUUCUCAAUGAGUCUCUUAUGCUCGUAACCGCUUUGAACCUCCACGUCGGAUACGAUAAGGCCGCCGCCAUCGCCAAGAAUGCGCAUAAGAAGGGAACCACGCUCCGAGAGUCUGCCAAAGAAAACGGCAUCACGGACGAACAAUUUGACGCUUGGGUUGUCCCAACCGAUAUGCUCGGACCAAAAUAA